AUGCGGUGCUCUACUACUCAGUUGGAUCAGCUCUUUAACAACUUUAUCUUCGCGGAAAUGUACAAACGCGCUGUGGACAUUGCGUCCCAGAUGUCAUUGACAGAGAAAAUCAACUUAACGACUGGAACGCGGUACGUUUUAUCGCCGGCUGAACUGGGCAUUCCUAGCCUGUGCUUGCAGGAUAGCCCUCUUGCAAUCCGUUUCGCGGACUACAACUCAGCCUUUCCCACGGGUGUCAAUGUUGCUGCCACCUGGGACAAGACACUCGCCUACCUCCGUAGUCAGGCAAUGGGGGAGACGGUUAAAGAUAUUCAAGGUGCUGGUGUCAUCGCCACGGCUAAACAUUAUAUCUUGAACGAGCAAGAGCAUUUCCGCCAAUAA